AGUCGACUCUCGUCAGGUGCUAAACAAAGUACGCGCGCAUCCAAGAAACAAAACACUGACAGUGCACGCGUGAAAAACAAGUGAAAAUGCGAGAUUGUGACAUUUAUGACAGCAGGUGAUAUUACGGUUGAAAAAUGCAGACUUCCACUGAACAGUCGAUGUUAAAUGACAAGGCGGCCAAUCAGCAGCAGGACAAGUCGGAUUUGAGUGCUUCUCAGUUAAAUUUGGCGACCGCUAUGUUGCAGGAGAAUUUCCUGCAAAGGUCCAUACAAAACGUCGCGUUGUCGCUGCAAAAUGCCAUGAUGAAUUCACUGCAGCAAGCUGCUUUGCUGCCGAUAAACAGUGCUGCAGCUGUAGCUUUGAAUUUUCAAGCCUUAGAGUCGUACCUGACUUUACAGCGACUGUCUUCUGUUAGUGCCAACGUUAAUAUCAACAACAAUACGUCCGGUAAAGUUGACAUACUUAAAUUGGCAGCGAACACUGCUAAAAUCACCACGGAAGAUUCCACAAUAGAAGAACCCAACACAAGCCUAACUGAAGAUGUUGAUUUGGCAGAAAAAAUCGAAGAAAAUCUCGCUCUCCUCGACAACGACAACGAAGAAGAAUCGCUCACGUCGUUCCCCCUGUCAUCCUCCCCAGUGGACACAUCGUACCCGAGCCUCAUCAUGAACUCCAUCUACCAAUCGUCAUCGUCCACAGUAUCGUCGUCAUCGUCAUCCACCUCGAGCACGCCAGUGUCGUCUGCAGCGGUCAAACAAAAAGGCGCCGUGCGGCCGAAGAAGCAAUUCAUUUGCAAGUUUUGCAAUAGACAGUUCACGAAAAGUUAUAACUUGUUGAUACACGAAAGAACUCACACCGACGAACGACCCUACGCUUGUGAUAUAUGUGGGAAGGCGUUCAGGAGGCAGGACCAUCUCAGAGAUCAUAGAUACAUACACAGUAAAGAGAAACCCUUUAAAUGCACGGAGUGCGGUAAAGGGUUCUGCCAGAGCCGUACUUUGGCCGUCCACAAAAUACUGCACAUGGAGGAGUCGCCCCAUAAGUGCCCGGUAUGCAGUCGAUCCUUCAACCAACGUUCCAACCUGAAAACGCAUCUUUUGACGCACACGGACAUAAAACCCUAUAACUGCUCGGCGUGCGGUAAAGUAUUUCGAAGGAAUUGCGAUUUGAGGAGGCACAGUUUGACGCACAACUUGGGCUCUGCAAGUAGCAGUAAUAGUGGCAGUGGUGGGCUGAGUACGACUCUGCCCAACCCGAGUUUUAGUAUAGAUGCUAUUAUAAGCAAAAAUACGAAGUAGAAAAAACUACGUCCAUAGAUUUUGGAAAAUCGUCUUUGAUACAAUAGAGUAAAGUUGGUUAAUAUGGCGUACUUAACUGCGUAUUAUUACCCUACUUUACCAAAUCUAGGAUGUGUUUUUUUUAAUUUGUUUAAAUUCUAUCUGUAAUGCAAUAAUUAUUGUCGAUUUGUACUCUUGAUAUUUGGUGAUAUUCCUAAAGAAUUUUUUAUUUACACGAUAAGAUCUCUUGUUUUAACUCUUUUUUUUGUAAAGGUUAUAAAAAAUGUGACAUAAAUAGUUAAGUUUUAC